AUAAUGAAGCCUCAAACAUUUGGAACCUAACUUUGUUCACCAGUCCUCAGAGUAAUGGCAGCGUAAUAAGUGGCUCUGCCACUGUCGUUCUUUUAACAGCUGAAGAGUUGGCCUAUGGGGUAAGCACUGUUAAUCCUCGGAUAUUUUCAACGACUGAUACUCCUUUAAAUACAUAUGGCUUGAUCUGUGAUGACAUGCAGUACCUCUGUAUCUUGGCUUCCAAGCGUAGUGAUGUUACACCAGAUAUUACUAUCUCCUUUCCAUCUGACCCAUCUUGUAUUCCUGUAACAUGCAAAGGUGUUGUCAUUGAUGGUGAUACUGGAAUUUUAUAUAGUGACAAUGAGAUCAAGGAGCAUUCACCAACUAAUGUUAUAUUUGGUUUUGAGAUCGAAUCCAGUGCCUCAAGUGCAGUUCUGAGCGGAACAGACCUGUGGCAAUUCAAUGUGUUUGUUAGUGCAAAUCAGGAUGGCUCAGGAGAGCACUAUGGAGAAACUUUUGCUUCUCUAUCAGAAGAACAGAAGAACACCGCGAUAACUACAGCUGGCUCAACAUUGGAGUUCACAGGUAUUGCGGCAUCAUUGGACUUGGCUGAUCUGAAGUGUUUUGAUGAUCCUAAUACCUUUUACUACCUUUGUGUUGAGUUCAUGCGGGAUCCUGCAAGUACCCCAACAUUUAGUAUGACAACAGUUUCUGGAAAUCCUCUGACACCCUACUGUGCCGUUGUAAAUUGCCGUGGUGUUGAGAUCACAGGUACAUCUGUCUCUACCUCAAGUGGUGAUCCAGUUGUUGAAAGAAGUAAUAAUACAAUUACAUUUUCAAUGACCAUCUCAUCUUACGCGUAUGGGGCCAGUAUAUCUGGUGAUAAUCUUUGGAAGCUUACUGCAGAUCUGAAGGACAGGAAUGGAAAUAACUUCACCUCUGAAGAGAAUGUUGUGAUAUCUGUCAGUGAGGCCAGUAAAGACAUAACUGCAGGAACAGAUAUUCAGCUUUCGGAUCUAACAGUAACCGUAGAUUUAACAGACUUCAUCUGCCCUGCCACAGUUCAGUUAUGUGUUGUCCUGGAGAAAAAUGAUGCCGCCAAUCCAGAUUUCACAUUUGACCCAAAUACUGGUGUCUUCCCAUCCUGUGUAGAUAUUGACUGUGAAGGUAACUAUUGUUAUUUUGAUGUUGCAUCUUCAUCUUGCAUUCCAUACAUCUGCUUGAAUUUGUCGAAAGCUGAUAGUUCAUCCACAGACUUUACUCUUGAUAGUAAUCCAGUGACUGCUCUCUCAGAUUGUGUAGAAAUUGACUGCCGAGAACUAAAAAGAACAAAUUUCUUGAUAUUUCAACUGAACGAUGAAAUUUCUGUUGACGAAGUGAAACAAGCUAUCAAGUUCCAAAAACUUGGUAAAGCUCCAGGAAUUGACGGUUUACCUAUUGAA